CUUCUCACUGCAAGCCUCGAAAAACUACCAUGAGUCAAACACCACCUCCGAAUGUCCUGGAUGCCUUUGGUGCAGAGGGCUCUCUGAUACACGUCCCAGGUGGUCGAGGUCUCUGCUAUCGUACUUCGCAAAACAUCCUUCUCCGACCAUCAGACGAUGGCAAAGAAUCCGAAUACAUCGCAAUCCUUUGCAAAUCUCUCCUUGAGCUUCGUCCCAUCGACUACCGCGUCCCUAGGCCAAUCCCAGCUUCAGGGUUUCCUGCGAGAUAUGUUUGUAGUAGCUGGACGGCCUGGGAAUAUCUUGAAGGGAAAGCAACUCCUCAGGGAAACUUUGAUAUUCUUAUGAGAGCUUGCCGUGCCUUUCAUGUUGAUGCCAUGGGAUUGGCUACUGAGAAGCCCUUGUUUUUAUCGACGAGACAGGAUCGAUUUACAGAGGCAGAUCUUGUGACUUGGGAGGAAAAGAAACUCGAGGACGUCGAGGAGAUCAACAGCGACGUUAUGGCUACUAUUCAAACAAGCCUUGACCAACUUCUGAAGCUACGACAACCAUUUCGACAGGAAAUCACAAAUCACCUUAUCCAUGGCGACUUAACCGGAAAUGUCUUAUUCGACUCGGAAAACAACAGCCCUCCGGCAAUUAUCGAUAUCACGCUUUACUGGCGACCAGUUGACUAUGCAGAAGCUAUCAUAGUGGCAGACGGGCUCAUCUGGCUGAACGAAGAUCGAAAGUUGGUUGAGAUGUUUGGCACCGAUCAUACAAGGAUACAGCUCCUCGUGAGAGCCUUGUACUGGCGGUGCUUGUGUUUUGCUAUUGAUCCAAUUCUCCCCUGGGUAAACGAUAAUCUUCCAAAGGCGAACUUUAAAGGAGCUAUUGAGAUUGCGGCUCAAAACAUAGAUUCCGGCUUGUCUUUGGAUAGGGUCUGGCACAUGCCGUGGAAGCACUCCCGCAUGCCCAACCUGACUACACAACUUAUCACGCCUCCUGCUGAAACACCUAGCAAUGAUACGACUAGACUGACCGCAGAGUUUAUAUCGCUUAUGGAGAUUGAUGAUGAUCGGUUUGGGUUUGAAGCCUACGGUCCUUAUUUCUUUGCAGAUCUUCCUCGACGUAUUGGGUCGAAUUCUGCUCUCGAUACUACCACUUCUGCCAUGAUUGCAUCGUUCCAAGCAAUACGUCUGCGGAAGACUGCUGAUAAAAAGACUUUCUCCCUGUAUGGGAAAGCACUGAGAUCCUUGCAGGGCUGUUUGAGUGAUGAUAGUCAACCAGUUAUGCUUAAGCUGGAGCUUGUUUUGAUGAUGAUGCUGUGCCAGGUCUGGAUUGAUAACAAACACGCCAACAAGCAUCGAGGGGUGAUAGCGUAUUUGUUGAAAGAAGCUGUAUCUCAAGGCGAAAUACUUCACUCAGGUGAUAUACGAGCCUGGUGCUUACAAGCGACUGACAAGAGAGAUCAGAUAUACGCCGCUCUAUGCGACCCAAAAGUUGAACUCGGCUCAUGGUUCUGGGACGUAGCCGUCCAAGACACUAUCAUGACACGACCAUACCACUACGAACAGAACCUCUACUGCUUCGAACUCGGAGCAAUAGGAGAUUUACCUGUGUUUCUUCGAGAUCCAGAGAGAUAUCUCUACCAGCUGAAAUGCUACUACAAUAUUCUCUCUCAAGAACGACUAGUGAUGAAGAAACUCUACGAAGAAGCCAUGGUGGCAACGCUCUCAACGGAUGCAUCGCCUGCGUGUAGAAUGAAAGCUAUAGAGUACGCCUCCGGUCACGCAGGCCUUCUCGUCCAAGCAGCACUCAUCGGCCCAACACUGAACCCCUUCGGUGUUCUCCCGGACUACACGCAAGAUUCUCACGAGAUAUGUGAUGAUGCAAUACUUCUUGCACAUCGAUGUCAGACCUUUAGACCGUGUGGAGCGUCCUACGUGCCUGAGCUCUUGAAGUUGGUCUGGGCGUCUUUGGACGAUGGAUAUAGACAUGAGGGGCUGGAGAAGUUGAUGGAUGAGUAUGCUGAGGAUGUUCAAGGAGCUAGCUAUCUUGAGGAGGCGAAAAUUAUGAGACUGAGGCUUGAUAGUCUUGGCUGGAGCGAUGAACAGCGGUUUUUGGAGGAGAGAGAGGACGGACCAGGGACACCGCCGCCAUGUGUGAUUUUGUGA